AUGGCCUCCAUGACACAGACUUCGCUGGUUCUGUUUGUCUACAUCCUGGCAUUUGUAACCGGAGUCCCAUCCAACCUCCUGGCACUUCAUACAAUCGUGGUCAAGGUCCACCAGAAGCCAUCUCCCGUGGGGAUUUUCCUCCUCAACCUCACCAUCUCUGACCUGCUACUCCUCUUCUUCCUACCUUUCAAAAUGGUGGAAGCUGCUUCAGACAUGACCUGGCCUAUGCCCCAUUUCCUCUGCCCUAUUGUGGUAGUUGUGUACUUCUGCAGUAUAUACAUCAGUUCACUCUUCUUGACGGCAAUCAGCAUUGAGCGCUAUAUGGGGGUUGCUCACCCAAUCAAAUACAGAGCUAGCAAGAAAAUAGCCUAUGCCAUAUGGGUCUCUGUGUUCAUUUGGGUGUUCAGUGCCCUCCAAGGCAGUGUCUCUGUCUUUGUCCUUACGCUACUGCCCAGUAAUGUAAGUCACCAGGACAGAUGCUAUCAGAGUUUCUCCAAGGAACAGUCGAGGAUUUUAAUGCCAUUCAGACUAGAGGGCAGCAUUGUACUGUUCUGCAUCCCGUUUAUUAUAACGGCCUUUUGCUACGUCAGCUUUGUCAGACUGCUGAUGGCGAUGCCCAAUAUUCGACGGAAGAGAAAGCACAGAGCUGUGUGUUUGGCAGUGGCCACUCUUUUCAAUUUCACCCUCUGUUUUUUACCAUACAAUGUAUCCCACAUCGUUGGAUUCAUAACCGACAGGAGCCCACGCUGGAGAGUCUAUGCUCUAUUGCUGAGCACGCUCAAUGCUAGCAUUGAUCCCAUAGUAUUCUAUUACUCCUCUACUGCUGUACAGAGAGCCUUUAUAAAAUGCCUGCAAGAUGUGAAAAAGAAACUUAAUAUAGUGAACUCUACCAAGACUCAAAUGGAGAUGAGCCAGUUCAGUGAUACACAGACAGCAUACGAAAGGGAGGGAGCUUCUAACCCAUCCUGUAACUCACUCCUAAUGUCUAACUAGCAUAUAAUGUUACAAGGACUGUCAUCCAUUCAUAUAGCAUAGAGGCAUAGGGGGAGAGAUAUCAAAGCUUGGGGAGAGAGAGACCG